GAGAAGCUGGUAGAGAAGAUUAAGAAGUCACCCCUGCUCAAGGGCCAUCCACAGUGUCAAGAGCAUGGAGAGAACCUGAAACUGUUCAGUAAGCCAGAAGGGAAAAUGAUCUGCUUUCAAUGCAAGGAUGCACGGUUGUCUAUGGGGCAGUCUAAGGAUUUCCUGCAAAUUUCUGAUGCUGUCCGUUUCUUUACGGAUGAGCUAGCUACCUAUCAGAGCCAACUUCAGAACACCCUCAAGGAGCUUCAGUCUCUCAGAACUAUGCAGAAAGAUGCUAUUGCUGCUUACAAGGACAACAAGAUACAAUUGCAACAACAACUUUCCUUGGAGUUUCUAAAACUGCAUCAGUUCCUGCACAACAAAGAGAAGGACAUUUUAAAUGAGAUCCGGAAUGAGGGAAAAGUCUUGAGCGAGGAGAUGGAGGCGAAUCUGAACCAGCUUCAGGAACAGUGUCUUCUCACCAGAGACAUGCUGGACAUCACAAAGCUCAUAGAUAGUGUGGAGAAAGGAAUGAGGGCACUCACACCCAGUCAGCUUAUCUCCAAAAAGCUGAGCCCAGGCCGCUUCAAAGGUCCCAUCCAGUAUACAACCUGGAAGGAAAUGCAGUCCAUUCUUUGUCCAGGUCUGUCUCAAAUAACUCUGGAUCCUAAAACAGCUCAUCCAAAUCUGGUGCUAUCCAAAAGCCGGACCAGUGUGUGUCAUGGUGAUGUGAAGCAGGUAAUGCCUGAUGACCCAGAGAGGUUUGAUUCCAGUGUGGCUGUACUGGGCUCAAAAGGCUUCACCUCUGGAAAGUGGUACUGGGAAGUGGAAGUAGGAAAGAAGCCAAAAUGGACAGUUGGAGUUGUCAAAGAAUCCAUCAUCCGGAAAGGGAGUUGCCCUCUCACUCCUGAGCAAGGAUUCUGGCUUUUAAGACUAAGGAACCAAACUGAUCUAAAGGCUCUGGAUUUGCCUUCUUGUAGUCUGAAACUGGGUGAGCUCAACAGGGUGGGCAUAUACGUGGAUUAUGAGGGAGGGCAGGUGUCCUUCUAUAACGCUGCGACCAUGACCCAUCUUUACACCUUCAGUUGUCUUUUCAUGGAGAAACUUUUCCCCUACUUCUGCCCCUGCCUUAAUGAUGGUGGAGAGAAUAAAGAACCAUUGCAUAUCGUACAUCCACAGUAA